AUGGGCUGCAGAGAAGCCUGGGAGUCUGCAGUCAGAACAUUUAAGACGGCCGUGUUAUCGCCUCUCCAUUCUUUCGUCUCCAUCGAUGAUACCCUUCCAAGGCUUCCAAGACCUCCAUCUCUCCACCGUUCCACUGUUCCUGAAUUCUUGGUCCACCCCUCCCGAGCUGUAUUGCUUACAGAUCCCACGGUCGAGGGCCACGCCGAAGAGCGCCGUGACGAUGCUGCUGCCGAGGUCGACACUGCCGUCCACAUUGCUCAUCAGACGCAGUCUGGCGCUUAUUCGCCGUGGACGCCGCACAUGUUCCGACUCUACGCCGUCCUCUUUAUUGCUUACCUCAAUGGAGCUCUCAACGGUUACGAUGGUUCCCUUAUGGGAGGUUUGAACGGAUUGAAGUCUUACUUGAACUACUUCCACAAGGAAACUGUUGACGAAAGCACCGGAAUCAUCUUCGCCAUGUACAACAUCGGAAGUGUCGCCGCCGUCUUCUUCACCGGACCUGCAAACGAUUUUCUGGGUCGCCGAUGGGGCAUGUUUAUCGGGGCUGCCAUUGUCAUCAUCGGCACUUGUGUUCAGGCCACAACCAAAACCUCUGGCCAAUUCCUUGCCGGACGAUUCGUUCUCGGAUUUGGUGUCAGUUUCUGCUGCGUUUCUGCUCCGACCUACGUCUCUGAGAUGGCACACCCGGCAUGGCGAGGAACCAUUACUGGCAUCUACAACUGCACUUGGUACAUUGGCUCAAUCAUAGCUUCCUGGGUUAUCUAUGGAUGCGCCUAUAUCGAUGGCGGUGAGGGCACCAGUGCUUGGCGCCUGCCCAUUUGGCUUCAGAUGGUUACCUCUGGUAUCGUUUGCGUUGGAGUCUUCUUCAUCCCCGAAUCCCCGCGAUGGCUCAUGGCGAACGACAAACACGAAGAAGCCGCGAGAGUCCUUGCCAAGUACCAUGGCGAGGGUUCUAUCGACCACCCUAUUGUCCAGCUUCAGCUGAAGGAGAUGGUCUCUCAAAUCAGUACAGAUGCAUCGGAUAAGUCCUGGUAUGAUUAUAGUGAACUCUGGAGCACCCACUCCGCCCGUCGCCGUCUCAUCUGCGUGUUGGGCAUGGCCUUCUUUGGCCAGAUCAGUGGUAACAGCUUGAGUUCUUACUACUUGACCGUUGUACUGAAGAACGCCGGCAUCACAGACGAGAAGCGUGUUUUGGCAUUGAAUGCGAUCAACCCUAUUCUCUGCUUCUUCGCAUCUCUCGUCGGAGCUCGUAUGACGGAUGUUGUAGGCCGCCGACCUCUUUUGAUUUACUCCAUCAUCUUCUGCUCAUUCUGCUUCGCAAUCAUCACGGGAACUUCGAAAUUGGCAACGGACGAUGCGAGCAACGUUGCUGCUGCCAACACGACCAUCGCCUUCAUCUACAUCUUCGGCAUCGUCUUCAGCUUCGGCUGGACUCCUCUUCAGAGCAUGUACAUCGCCGAGACCCUCAGCACCUCCACCCGUGCCAAGGGUACUGCAGUCGGUAACUUUGCCAGUGCCGUCGGAAGCACCGUUAUCCAGUACGCCAGUGGACCGGCUUUCCUCAACAUCAAGUACUACUUCUACAUUGUCUUCAUCUUCUGGGAUCUCUUUGAAGCAGUCAUCAUUUACUUCUUCUGGCCCGAAACCAAGGAUCGCACGCUGGAGGAGUUGGAGGAGGUCUUUAGCGCCCCGAACCCUGUCAAGAAGAGCUUGGAGCCUCGGUCUGCCGAGACUGUUCUGAAGACUAUGCAGGUCGGCCAGGACGAGAAGGCGGCGUAUGUCUAG